CACAUGGCUUACUAAUCCUGCUCUCAGGCUUCCAUUUUCAUCUUCCUCUUCCCCUUUCUCUCUCUCUCACUAGUCACUCUCUCUGCAAACUGAUCACCAUGGAAGUUGUUGGAGAGGCUUUUCUUUCUGUGUCCCUUGAACUCUUGUUCAGCAAACUGGCCUCCUCUGAUUUGUGGAAGUACGCACGCCAAGAGCAAGUCCACACCGAGCUCAAGAAAUGGAAGACAAGACUGUUGGAGAUUCGGGAAGUGCUCGACGAUGCUGAGGACAAGCAGAUCACUAAGCAGCACGUGAAAGCAUGGCUCGCACAUCUCAGGGAUUUGGCUUAUGAUGUGGAGGACGUCUUGGACGAGUUUGGCUACCAAGUGAUGAGAAGAAAGUUGGUGGCGGAGGGUGAUGCGGCCAGCACAAGCAAGGUACGCAAAUUCAUCCCUACUUGUUGUACUACUUUCACUCCAAUUCAGGCUAUGCGGAAUGUUAAGCUGGGGUCCAAGAUAGAGGACAUCACUCGCCGAUUAGAAGAAAUUUCAGCUCAGAAGGCUGAGCUUGGUUUGGAAAAGCUCAAAGUGCAGAUCGAAGGCGCCAGAGCAGCUACUCAAAGCCCAACCCCUCCACCACCUUUGGUAUUCAAACCUGGGGUAUACGGCAGGGAUGAAGAUAAAACCAAGAUACUAGCCAUGCUUAAUGAUGAAUCCCUCGGUGGCAAUCUGUCUGUAGUCUCGAUCGUGGCCAUGGGUGGGAUGGGAAAAACUACGCUGGCAGGUCUAGUGUACGAUGAUGAGGAGACAUCCAAACAUUUUGCUUUAAAAGCUUGGGUUUGUGUAUCUGAUCAAUUUCAUGUGGAGACCAUAACCAGGGCAGUUUUACGGGACAUUGCUCCAGGCAACAAUGAUUCGCCGGACUUUCAUCAAAUUCAACGCAAACUGAGGGACGAAACCAAGGGAAAAAGAUUUUUGAUUGUUCUUGACGAUUUGUGGAAUGAGAAAUAUGAUCAAUGGGACAGCCUACGCUCCCCUCUCUUGGAGGGAGCACCGGGAAGCAAGAUCCUCGUCACCACUCGUAAUAAAAAUGUUGCAACUAUGAUGGGAGGAGAUAAAAACUUUUAUGAGCUAAAACAUUUGUCUGACAAUGAUUGUUGGGAGUUGUUUAAGAAACAUGCUUUUGAAAACAGAAAUACCAAUGAGCAUCCGGACUUGGCAUUGAUAGGAAGGGAAAUUGUAAAGAAGUGUGGAGGCCUGCCCUUGGCAGCAAAAGCACUUGGUGGUCUUCUGCGCCAUGAACACAGAGAAGAUAAGUGGAAUAUUAUACUAGCUAGCAAAAUAUGGAAUUUACCUGGUGAUAAGUGUGGUAUUCUUCCUGCGUUGAGAUUGAGCUACAAUCAUCUCCCUUCACAUUUAAAAAGGUGUUUCGCUUAUUGCGCAUUAUUUCCCCAAGAUUACGAGUUUAAGAAGGAAGAGCUAAUCCUCUUGUGGAUGGCGGAGGGGUUAAUUCAACAAUCAAAUGAGGAUGAGAAAAUGGAAGAUCUUGGUGAUGAUUAUUUUUGUGAACUAUUGUCAAGGUCAUUUUUCCAAUCGUCGAACAGCAAUAAAUCACGAUUCGUUAUGCAUGAUCUUAUUAACGAUCUAGCUAAUUCUAUUGCUGGAGACACUUGCUUGCAUUUGGAUGAUGAGUUGUGGAAUGAUUUGCAACGCCCCAUUUAUGAAAAUACUCGUCAUUCAUCAUUCAUCCGUCAUGAAUAUGAUAUCUUUAAAAAAUUUGAAAGGUUUGAUAAGAAAGAGCGCUUGCGCACAUUCAUAGCUUUGCCGAUUGAUGAACCAACAUGGUUUGCUCCCUUCAUAAGUAAUAAGGUGCUUGAAGAAUUGAUACCAAGGUUAGGGCACUUAAGGGUGCUCUCAUUGGCUUAUUACAAGAUAAGUGAGAUACCAGAUUCAUUUGGUAAGUUGAAACAUUUGAGAUACCUUAAUUUGUCCUACACCAGUAUAAAAUGGUUACCAAAUUCAAUUGGUAAUCUUUUUUACCUUCAGACAUUGAAAUUAUCAUGCUGUGAAGAGCUUAUCAGGUUGCCUAUUAGCAUCGGUAACCUAAUCAAUCUUCGACAUCUUGAUGUUGCUGGUGCAAUAAGAUUACAAGAAAUGCUUGUACAAAUUGGCAAACUAAAAGAUUUGCGGAUAUUGUCUAAUUUCAUUGUGGACAAAAACAACGGUUUGACAAUCAAGGAGUUGAAGGACAUGUCACAUCUGCGAAGAGAACUUUGCAUUUCGAAAUUGGAAAAUGUGGUGAAUAUUCAAGAUGCAAGGGAUGCCAAUUUAAAAUUGAAGCGUAACCUUGAAAGCUUGAUAAUGCAGUGGAGUUCUGAGCUGGAUGGUUCAGGGAAUGAAAGGAAUCAAAUGGAUGUCCUUGACUCUCUACAACCUUGUUUGAAUCUGAACAAACUCUGCAUUGAGUGGUAUGGUGGUCCAGAAUUCCCACGUUGGAUAGGGGAUGCCUUGUUCUCUAAGAUGGUGGAUCUAAGUCUCAUAGAUUGCAGAAAGUGCACGUCUUUACCAUGCUUGGGGCAGUUGCCAUCGCUCAAACAGUUGAGGAUCCAAGGAAUGGUUGGAGUAAAAAAGUGGGUGCAGAGUUUUAUGGAGAGACUCGUGUUUCUGCAGGUAAGUUUUUCCCAUCACUAGAGUCUCUACAUUUUAAUAGCAUGUCAGAAUGGGAGCACUGGGAGGAUUGGUCUUCCUCAACAGAGUCAUUAUUCCCUUGCCUCCAUAAGCUUACAAUUGAGGAUUGCCCCAAAUUGAUUAUGAAACUACCCACUUACCUACCUUCUCUUACAAAGCUCUCUGUU